GAGCAGAAUAGUAGAACAGGUGCCAUGAUGGCAGGCGCUCUGCUUCGGAGCUUACAAGCUCUGGAGAUGACCUUAAAUGAACCGACAGCCAGGUGGAUUGUGCCUCUCAGUGAUGGCAAUCAUGUGGUUGAGUUUGAACAUGGGACUGCCACUGGUAGAAGGGUUGUCAAGAUCGAUGGAAAGACACUGGUCAACAGGGAAUGGAUGUUUCGACUAGUUGGAGAUGAGGUUGUCAUGUUCGGAGACACAAAAUUCGUCAUUCGAGUCGAUCCCAUACCAAAUGGAAAUUUGGGGGUUGUUGCAGGUCUCAGGUACUCGUACACUCUCUGGGUCAAUGGAAAGAGCUUUAAGAAUUUUGUACAGUCACAAUCGAAGGUUCUAGAGUCUUGGGUGACGAAAAUUGGGGAGAAUAAGUACAGGAUUGUCUUGGAUAAAACUACGCAAGCAGUCUGGGUCAAUGGAGAGCAAAUCGAUGUAGAGAACGAAUUCAUCGAUGGUGGUGCCGAAAUGCUGUUUCUUCUCGAGGGUUCACCCGCGGUCAUUCGAUCCUGCAGUUCAGAACAAAAAGGGGCCGGAAUAAAGUACAUACUCUACGUCGAUGGCGUCGAAAUUAGCGAACAAAAUUUGCUGUCACCGACAGAGUAGUAAUAUGCAAUGAUAACUCACACGUGCCUUCAGUGCCUUUGGUGCACUAUUAUACGACUAUCAAUUUAAAUAUGCCACUCAUGUAUUUUGUAUUCACUUGUACAACGAGAGACGACGAUAAAUUAUAAUUAAUUUAGUGGACAUAGAAAAUCAAAAAUAUACGACGAGUCAGUA